UGCGCGCGGCUGCGAUUCGUCAGCAGCCAAACAGGUCCGAAAAGAUGGCGGUGUCCAUGGCGAAGCUCCUGCCUGCACAGCGAUGUCUGCUCCUCGUUUCAGCGCUGUUUUACUGCUCGGUUCGGGGCGAAACAGCGACCGAGGAGCCGCCGCAUCGCCGCUUCGAGUAUAAAUACAGCUUUAAAGGUCCUCACCUGACUCAGAGCGACGGAAUGAUCCCGUUUUGGGUUCACACUGGCAAUGCGAUCCCAAGUGCCGAUCAGAUCCGGAUCACACCGUCUCUGCGCAGUCAGAGGGGCUCGGUUUGGACCAAAUCUCCGGUGAGCUUCGAGCACUGGGAGGCCGAGGUGGCGUUCCGUAUAUCCGGACGAGGGAGAACCGGAGCUGACGGACUGGCCAUAUGGUACACGGAGAAUCAGGGUCUGGAGGGUCCGGUGUACGGAGCUGCUGAUCAGUGGAACGGCCUGGGAAUAUUCUUUGACUCCUUUGACAACGAUGGAAAGAAAAAUAAUCCAGUCAUCCUCGUCGUGGGAAACAACGGCAAACUUGUUUACGAUCAUCAGAACGAUGGUUCGACCCAAACCCUGGGCACCUGCCUCCGGGAUUUCAGGAAUAAACCGUAUCCUAUCCGAGCCAAAGUCAUCUACUACAAGAAGACGUUAACGGUUUUGAUCAAUAACGGAUUCACGCCGGAAAAAGACGAUUAUGAAUUCUGUACUAAAGUGGAAAACAUGAUCGUUCCAUCCACAGGAUAUUUUGGCAUUUCGGCUGCUACAGGAGGACUCGCAGAUGACCAUGACGUCCUGUCGUUCCUGCUGUUCAGAUUAACCGAGCCCGGACAAAACCUGCCUCCACCCGAACAAGAGAUUCCCAAAGAGGAGCAGGACAAGUACCAGGAGGAAUUUCAGAAUUUCCAACAAGAGCUGGACAAAAAGAAAGAGGAGUUUCAGAAGGAGCACCCCGACGUCCAUGGGCAGCCCUUGGAGGAACAGUACGAGAGCGUGAGCGACCGCGAGAUCCGUCAGGUGUUCGAGGGUCAGAACCGAAUCCACCUGGAGAUUAAACAGCUGAACCGGCAGCUGGCCAUGAUCCUGGACGAGCAGCGCCGCUACGUCUCCGUCAUCACUGAGGAGAUCUCCAAACGCUCGGGACAGGCCCAGUCGGGGCAGGGUCCGAGUCAGGAAUUGGACACGAUAAUCACAAAUCAACAGGAAGUCCUGCGCAAUCUCAACGAGUUAAGAAACAGCUUUUCAGUGUCGGUGCAGCAGCUGAGUGCAGCGCAGCAGGGAAACGCCGGCGCGUUGGGCACGUACGAGGCAGUCCAACACUUUAACGACAUCAAGGAGCAUCUGCACGUCGUCAAGAGGAACGUCGAGCACAUCAUCCAGAGAAACGCGCCUCCAGCGGAGAAGCAGAAAUGUCCCGAGCCGCCUCCUCCGCCACCCUGUCUCUCCACAGUGCACUUCGUGAUCUUUAUCGUCGUUCAGACGCUGCUGUUUUUCGGAUACGUCAUGUACAAAAGCCAACAGGAAGCAGCGGCGAAGAAAUUCUUUUGAUGAACUUUUGCCGAACGCAGCACAGUCGUCUAGCUUUGUUGGAAAAACAACAUUGUUAUAAGUUAUUCUACUUGAAAGCCUGAAGUAUUUUUUUAAUUUGAUCUGAAUUGUACAGGGUGUAAAUGAGUGAGUGUUCCUGUUUUGGUUUAAAGUCCCUUAAAUUUCAUGUAGUAAUAUAUUGGGUUAGUGUUAUGAAUUUCUACUUCAGUGUGUAUCGCUUCAGGAAACCAACCACUGUCCCUCUGAGAUGCCACUCUACUGUAGAACCAUGAUCUUUUAUAUCACAAGUUGUUUAGAGGGGAAAAUGCUGUCUAUUCCUGAAGCCUUGUAGCCAAACUGCCAAAAAAAAAAAAAAAAAGAAACCUGGAUUUUUUUUUUCUCAGAGCAAUUUACAUAAACAGAUCACAAACCCACAGGAGUGGUCUCGUUAUUUAUCACUGACCUCUGUGACCUUCACACAUCGUACAAAACGACAUGUAUAUCUCUUACAUUUUAUACUAUAUUUUAUAUCUUUUACCAAAAACAACUUUAUCAGUUUAUUGAGAUAGCCACAGCGCUGUUCAUUUCUGGAUUCUGAUUGGUCAGAUACUGACUGGUGUUGAUUAAUUCUCUAUACCAGCAGAUCUGUCAGUAGUGCAGCUGCAAAUCCCGGGUUUAUAUUAACACACUCGUUAUCGUUUCUAUAGUAACGGCUCAUUCACGGGGACGUGUACGGCGGACGCUCCACUGAUAAUAAACAGAUUAAAAAAGAAAAA